AUGAUCCAAUGGCUUCGAUUGGACAUUGGGCGUCCAAGAUCUGAUGAUUUUGAUUGGAUAUUGGACGUCCAAGAUCCAAUUACGAUCCCAAGGCGUUCAAAUGAUCCAAAUGGCAAUUUUGUCCAAUGUGCAUCUUUAUACAAGACAC